CAUACCUACACCUACACAAACAGAAUACUUUUAUUUUCUUUUGUCGAAAACAACCCAGUUCAAUAGACCACACCGGUCUGAUCUCAUUAUUAUCAUAGAGCGCCAUGAGAAUCAUCAUUUUCCUGGGUUCGUUCUCUUUGAUUGUAAAUGGUGUUGGGUUUGGUGAUUCAGAUGAAGUGAAGUCCGUGUCAGCGAUGGAGGGAGAAUCUGUUACUCUUGACACUUAUAUUGUUAAACAGACAGAUGAUCUGAUAGUGUGGACUUAUGGACCUAAUAAGACUAUCGUGGCAAUAAUCAAUGGAAAGGCCAGUAGUUUCAGGUUAUCUGAGGAUGACAGAUUCAGACUCGGAGUGAAUCUUAAUAAUCAAACUGGAGAUCUCACCAUCAGUGAUGUGAGAACUGAUCACACUGGACUCUAUUCACUGAAGAUCAGCAGCAACAGUACACCCUCAUACAAGAACUUCAAUCUUACUGUCUAUACUCGUCUGCCUGUUCCUAGUAUCACCAAUUCUUCAUCAUCAGAAAGAUCUUUAUCAUCAAAAUGUGUGUUAUUAUGUUCAGUGAUGAAUGUGUCACAUGAUGUGAGUGUCUCCUGGUACAAAGGAAAGAGUUUAUUGUCCAGCAUCAGUGUGUCUGAACACAGUAUCAUCAGAAGCAUCUCUCUUCAUCUGGAGUGUCUGGAUGAUUCUGACGUCUACAGUUGUGUCAUCAACAACUCCAUCUCAACACAGACUCAACAUCUCAACACUGAUGUCUGUCACAAGUGUUCAGAUUCUCCUGCCAUGCGGGGCUUUAUAAUUAAAAGUAUAGUUCUUCCUGUUUUCUUUUUGAUCAUCAUCAUCUGUGUCUGCAUACACAACAGAAGAGGUGCUAAAGACACCAAAGAUUACCAUCAUCUUACAACAAAUGACCAUCAAGGUCCUGUGUAACUGGAUCUUCCUGCACCGCUCUCAGCAGGCCCAAACCGGAUGAGUCUGGCAUGGGAGUCGGGCACUCUAAUGGGGAGGCUAAAGACCGCAGUCUCAAGCAUCUGUCGCUAGAGCAUCACUUGAGGUUGGGGAGUGAGGUUUACACACUGCACAGCUCUUCACUAGCUGGCCUCCGAUACACUUGCUCAUAUUUCCUGAUGACUCAAUCGUAAACGAAGAAAUUAUGUUGCCACACCCCUUUUUUAAAGUAUCCUAAAACUUAUUAAAAAAACGAACACUUGGACUUACAUCGACGUGAUAAAACCUGACUAAAAUAACAGAAAACAUCUUUGGAAAGAAAUAUUUGAGAGUAAUUGGAUUUCAUAGUUUGGCUCCUGUCCCGUUUGUUUACAUGGAGAGGGUGGGGUUAUGACCUGUACUGCAGGCAGCCACCAGGGGGCGAUCAAAGAGCCCUUAGCUUCACUUUUAAGCAAAUCUGAGGCACCCUUGACUGGAAAAUUUUUAUUCAUUAUAAAAUUUAAUAUAUAUUUCAAUGCUCUGAAUUUAAAUUAUAAUUAAUUUGAGACCCCCUUUUGGGCCGUGCCCCCAGUUGAAAACCACUGCUUUAGAGGGUUUUACAAGGUUAGGGCUGAAGGUCUGGAACUUUGACUGACAGGUAUAGCUACCAAUCACGUUUCGAUUGUGCCGCGUCAUGUUUAGAGGCGUG